AUGAAGGCCUCAAUUGUUUCUGCCCUCGGGCUCGUUGCUGCUGCCAGCGCAUGGAACCAAUCCACCACUUCCACUGUAUACACCACCUCGGUCUAUACCGUUACGUCAUGUGCUCCCACUGUGACUGAUUGCCCAGCAAAGAUCGGAAAGGUCACCACGGAUAUCAUCUCGCUCUACACGACCAUCUGCCCCGUCACCGAGACCGAGAAGACCAGCUCCGCACCAAUGACCACCUACACUCCAUGGACCACCUCGACUGUCUACAGCACCAAGGAGUAUACCAUCACCUCCUGCCCACCAGAGGUGACCAACUGCCCCGUCGGCUCCAAGACAACCACAGUCAUCACCUCCACCACCUCCUGCCCCAUCACAACCGCCACCUCAGCCCCCUAUACCGUAAUCCCACCCCCAGUCUCAGUCUCCAGCAGCGCGCCUUACACCGUUGUCCCGCCUCCCAUCUCCCUCUCCACCUCCUCGGCACCAUACACCGUGGUUCCUCCCCCCGUCUCCGCCAGCAGCUCGCCAGUCUUGUCCACAAUCACCAUCUCAACUUGCGUACCAUCUUACUACACGUCCGUCAUCACCGUUACCGGCACCCCGGCUUCUAAGACCUGGGUUAGCACUGGAACUGGUGCCCCAGUACCACCUAAGAAUACUACCACCCCAUACGUGCCUGUCACUGGUGGUGCGGGAGCUGUUAAGGUCGGAGGCGCAAUGGCUAUUGUUGGGUUGGUUGCUGCUCUUCUGUAA